AUGCAGGCUGCGGAGGGCGCCGGAGGCAGGCGUGGGCCGGGCCUGUGCCGAGGCGAGAUCGAGUUCAGAGGGUCUAGGAACAAGCGAGGCCGGUUCGUGAAGGUGCCAAGUGGGGUGGCCCCCUCCGUGCUCUUCGACCUCCUGAUAGCCGAGUGGCACCUGCCGGCCCCCAACCUUGUGGUGUCGCUGGUGGGCAUGGAGCGGCCUUUCACCAUGAAGUCCUGGCUGCGGGACGUGCUGCGCAAGGGGCUGGUGAAGGCGGCUCAGAGCACAGGUGCCUGGAUCCUGACCAGUGCGCUCCAAGUGGGCCUCGCCCGGUACGUCGGGCAGUCGGUGCGUGACCACUCGCUGGCCAGCACGUCCACCAAGGCCCGCGUGGUGGCCGUCGGCAUCGCCUCGCUGGGCCGCGUGCUGCACCGCCGACUCCUGGACGACGCCCAGGAGCACAGCCCUGUCCACUACCCCACGGACGAGAGCGGCAGCCAGGGCCCCCUCUUCUCCCUGGACAACAACCACUCCCACUUCAUUCUGGUGGAGCCCGGUGCCCCCGGGAAGGGCGACGGGCCGACGGAGCUGUGGCUGAGGCUGGAGAAGCACAUCUCGGAGCAGAGGACCGGCUACGGGGGCACUGGCAGCAUCGAGAUCCCUGUCCUCUGUCUGCUGGUCAACGGCGGCCCCAGCACCUUGGAGAGGAUUUCUCGGGCUAUGAAGCAGGCCACCCCGUGGCUGAUCCUGGCAGGCUCGGGGGGCAUCGCGGACGUGCUGGCGGCCCUGGUGACCCAGCCGCACCUCCUGGUGCCCCAGGUGGCGGAGAAGCAGCUUAGAGAGAAGUUCCCCAGUGAGCACUUCUCCUGGGAGGACAUUCUGCACUGGACAGAGCUGCUGCGGAACGUGGCGUCCCACCCACACCUGCUCACCGUGCACGACUUCGAGCAGGAAGGCUCCGAGGAGCUGGACACGGCCAUCCUCAAGGCGCUGGUGAAAGCCUGCAAGAGCCACAGCCAGGAGGCCCAGGACUACCUGGACGAGCUCAAGCUGGCAGUGGCCUGGGACCGCGUGGACAUCGCCAAGAGCGAGAUCUUCAACGGGGACGUGGAGUGGAAGUCCUGCGACCUGGAGGAGGUGAUGAUGGACGCGCUGGUGAGCAAUAAGCCGGAGUUCGUGCGCCUCUUCGUGGACCACGGCUUGGACGUGGCCGACUUCCUGACCUACGGGCGGCUGCAGCAGCUGUACCGGGCCGUGGCGCCCAAGAGCCUGCUCUUCUCCCUGCUGCAGCGCAAGCUGGAGGAGGGCCGGCCGCCCGCCCGGGGCCCGCCCAAGUGGCUGCUGGACCUGAGCCAGAAGAGCGAGAACCCGUGGAGGGACCUGUUCCUGUGGGCCGUGCUGCAGAGCCGCCACGAGAUGGCCACCUACUUCUGGGCCAUGGGCCAGGAGGGCGUGGCCACCGCCCUGGCUGCCUGCAAGAUCCUCAGGGAGAUGUCGCACCUGGAGGCCGAGGCCGAGGCCGAUCGCCGCACGCGAGGCGCUGCCUACGAGCAGCUGGCCCUGGGCCUCUUCUCCGAGUGCUAUGGUAACAACGAGGACCGAGCUUUCGCGCUGCUGGUUCGCCGCAGCCGGUCCUGGAGCCGGACCACCUGCCUGCACCUGGCCACCGAGGCUGACACCAAGGCCUUCUUUGCCCACGAAGGGGUGCAGGCCUUCCUGACCAAGAUCUGGUGGGGGGACAUGGCCUCGGGCACGCCUGUCCUGCGGCUGCUGGGCGCCUUCCUGUGCCCCGCCCUCCUGUACACCAGCCUCAUCGCCUUCAGCGAGGAGUCCCCACUGAAGACGGGUCAGGAGGACCUGCAGGAGCUGGACAGCCUGGACACUGAGAAGAGCCUGCUCUGCAGCCCGGGUGGCCAGGCGGAGGAGCUGGCGGAGGCGCGGAGGACUCGGGGUGCCCGGGGCCCCCGGGCGGCCUUCCUGCUCGCGCGCUGGCGGCAGUUCUGGGGCGCCCCCGUGACCGUGUUCCUGGGCAACGUGGUCAUGUACUUCGCCUUCCUCUUCCUGUUCGCCUACGUGCUGCUGGUGGACUUCAGGCCCCCUCCCCAGGGGCCGUCAGGGCCUGAGGUCACCCUUUACUUCUGGGUCUUUACCCUGGUGCUGGAGGAGAUCCGGCAGGGCUUCUUCACCGACGAGGACACCCGCCUGAUGAGCAAGUUCACGCUGUACGUGGAGGACAACUGGAACAAGUGUGACAUGGUGGCCAUCUUCCUGUUCCUCGUCGGCGUCACCUGCAGGAUGCUGCCCUCGGUGUUCGAGGCGGGGCGCACGGUCCUCGCCAUAGACUUCAUGGUGUUCACGCUUCGCCUCAUCCACAUCUUUGCCAUCCACAAGCAGCUGGGCCCCAAGAUCAUCAUUGUGGAGCGAAUGAUGAAGGACGUCUUCUUCUUCCUCUUCUUCCUGAGCGUGUGGCUCGUGGCCUACGGCGUGGCCUCCCAGGCGCUGCUGCACCCACACGACAGCCGCCUGGAGUGGCUGUUCCGCCGCGUGCUCUACCGGCCCUACCUGCAGAUCUUCGGGCAGAUCCCCCUGGACGAGAUCGAUGGAGCCCGUGUGAACUGCUCAGUGCACCCGCUGCUGCUGGAGGGCUCGCCUGCCUGCCCCAACCUCUAUGCCAACUGGCUGGUCAUCCUGCUGCUGGUCACUUUCCUGCUGGUCACCAACGUGCUGCUCAUGAACCUGCUCAUUGCCAUGUUCAGCUACACCUUCCAGAUGGUGCAGGGCAACGCGGACACGUUCUGGAAGUUCCAGCGCUACCACCUCAUCGUGGAGUACCAGGAGCGCCCUGCCCUGGCCCCGCCCUUCAUCCUGCUCAGCCACCUCAGCCUGGUGCUCAAGAGGGUCUUCCAGAAGGAGGCCGGGCAGAAGCGGGCACGCCUGGAGAGAGACCUGCCGGAGCCCCUGGACCAGAAGAUGGUCACCUGGGAGGCGGUGCAGAAGGAGAGCUACCUGAGCAAGCUGGAGAAGAGGAAGCGGGACAGCGAGGAGGAGGUGCUGCGGAGAACCGCCCACAGGGUUGACAUCAUAGCCAAGCAUGUUGCGGGGCUGAGAGAGCAAGAGAAACGCAUCCGGGGCCUGGAGUCACAGGUCAACUACUGCACGGUGCUCCUGUCCUCCGUGGCCGACAGGCUGGCCCUGGGCAGCGCCUACCACAGUAAGUGUGUGUCUGGUGAGGGCCCUGAUGUCACCGCCCAGGGUGGGGACCUGCUCUGGCCUCCACUGGCCCUCAGCUGGCUACUGUCUUCAAGGAGGAGCAGAUGCCCUCUGGCCCAGCCAGGCAUGAGGGUGUGGUCCUGAGGACCCCCAGCAGGUCCCAUGCUCACCCUUGGGCGGUUCUCUCUCCCUCCCCUUGGCCUGCCUCACUGGGCACCCAACAGCUGAGUGGCCUUCUUCCCCACCAGACUCUAGGAACUUUGGCAUGGGGAACCAGCAGGCCCCUGCUGAGCACGGAGGGGGCCUGGGUAGCAGGGAGCACCCAGAGGCUGGCCCCCUGCC